CCCCCCACCGGCCCACCACCACAGAAACCCACUCGCGCCCCCCGCUCCACGCCUCCCUCCACAGAAAAUGAAACCUCCUGUUGUCUUCUGCCCGCUCGUCGCCACAGACAAGCUCUUCGCCAUCACCACAAACGCCACCAACGGGUUCCGACAUUUCGACGACCCAGGCCUUGUUCCUGCGAGUUUCAUUUCAUCCUAUCACCUUUUCACUCCUCCAGUCCAGAGAACACCAUUGAUACCAGUGGCCGCUACACCUGCUCACUCCAUUGUAGUAGCAGCAGCAGGAGGAGGAGGAGGAGCGCAGGACUCGAGCGGUCUUGGCAUGGCUUCUUCCCUCGCGCCCGCGUCGUGGGUGCUGCUGCUGCAGACGGGCGGUGCUGGGGCGGCAGCGGCGGGGCCUUCCUCCUGCCGCUUGAUGCUCGCCGUCGCGGAGCCCCGCUGCCGCUGGGCAGCGUCGCCGCGCCGGGCAAGGGUGCUCGUGGCGCCCCGGUGCGCGGCGCUCGACUGGCCCGGCGGCAGCGGCGAGGAGGAGGCCAAGAUCGAGGACGAGAGGAAGAAGAAGCCGGCGCGCGGCCGACCGGUGUGGAGGCGGAUCCUGUUCGCCUCCAAGAAGACACGAAGCAUCAUCAUCCUCAACGCCCUCACGGUCAUCUAUGCAAGUGAUAUUCCGGUUCUGAAAGAGGUCGAAGCCCUGACAGAGCCUGCGGUCUUCAACAUGGUGCGGUUCGUUGUUGCAGCCAUCCCCUUCGUGCCAUUCGCGGUCCGUGCCUUUGGGGACCGCCGUGUACGCUAUGCAGGACUGGAGCUGGGAGUCUGGGUUAGCUUAGGUUACCUUUCUCAAGCAAUUGGAUUGCUCUCAUCUGAUGCUGGCCGAGCAUCCUUCAUCACGGCCAUCACGGUCAUAGUUGUGCCUCUAAUUGAUGGCCUUCUUGGUGCCUCGAUCCCCAAACUCACUUGGUUCGGAGCCAUCAUGUCACUAUUUGGAAUCGGCCUGCUGGAAUGUGGCGGCUCUCCUCCCUGCGUUGGUGAUAUUUUGAACUUCUUCAGCGCCGUGUUUUUUGGGAUCCAUAUGCUUAGAACAGAGCAAAUAUCAAGGAGUACGGACAAGAAGAAGUUUCUAGCUCUUCUUAGCUUCGAGGUCCUUGUGGUCGCUUUCUCUUCUGUUCUCUGGUGUAUGUUCAAAGACGGCUAUGUUGAUACUAGUGAAUCCAGCUUUGACUCUUGGACUUUCGGUAUGCUUUGGGAUACAGCAGCUUCAUUUCCUUGGAUACCAGCAUUGUACACUGGAGUUCUUUCUACGGUGUUAUGCAUGUGGGCAGAGCUGGUAGCGAUGGGCGAUGUUUCAGCAACUGAAACUGCAAUUGUUUACGGCUUGGAGCCAGUUUGGGGAGCUGCUUUUGCUUGGUUCCUCCUUGGUGAAAGAUGGGAUAACACCACAUGUAUUGGAGCUGCCCUUGUAUUAUGUGGCAGUUUGACUGUUCAGCUAUUUGGGUCAGCUCCUAAGAAGUACAAGAAAGUUAAAAAACGCAGCAGCAAUGCUUUAGAAACGCCAGUGAAACAACAAGACUACUUAUCGUUAUCUCCUAUACCAGUUGAUUCGGGGAAGUUCAUAGGAAGGCAAUUAGAAAGGAGGAACAAAACAUUAUAGCCCAACUUCAAGGCAAGAAAGGAAAUCCUGCGAUGAUAGGCUCACACACCAAAUUAUUGUCCUGAGGCAUCACUUCUUGGCUCGUCAAUAUGGGGAUGGUGCUGGAUUGCUCCGCAUGAAGAUUUUUUUUUUAGUUUUUUGUUUUUUUUCCCGCAAUAUCUUGGAGCUCGUUUUUGGAUUUCUAUUUUGUCUCAAUGACCGUGCUAGAAUACCUCAUGCAUAUUAGGAAAUGAGGCAUUGCUAGUGGCAACUCGAGGAGGUCCAUGGUCCACCUAGACAAUUGCGUUAACUGAGACAUUAUUAUGUUUUGGGCACUGUUAACUGUAUAGAUUUCAUGUAAAUGAUUCUAGAGUACUGAACUGAGCAUACCUUUGUAUAAUACUGAAAUAACAAAUACCAUGCAUGGUAUUAUUUGACUCACAGUCAUA